GUGGGUUGAUGAUAAUGAUGGAUGAUGUCUGCUUGGUGUCAGGAUGUGUCUGCUUCGUUUCUAAACGGGCUUCUGAUUCGGCACGAGGUGGAGCUUGCUCGAGUUCAAGUUGCUCGUGAAUGUUGUCUCGAGGUCUAUAUGUUCGGGUCUGCAUAGCCAGCUAGCUCCGUAUGAGUCUGCAUGUGGUUUGUGUGUGGCCUGCCUUGAGUAGAGAUGGGGGGUGGGUAGGCUGCUUGAGUCCAGAUGGGUUUAUCGUGAUCAGAUUGCAUCAGAAGAAUCGGUCUCGCUGCACAUUCGGUGGCCGGAGUGAUUCUUGUGGAGAUCGCCGUUUCUCCAGAGAGAGAAGAAAAGAGAUGAGAGAGAGAUGAUGGACGGGUGUGAUGAUGGUGGUGGUGGUGCUAUCGGUGGCACUUGCCGUUACUUUAGCUUUGAACGUUAAGGAGUUCCGAAUGAAGGGCAACGUCGCACUCGUUGUUUGUUGAUUUGUUGUUGUUUCGUCUUCUUGGUUAUUUCGGUAAAGUCACGUAGAAGGGAAGUAAUAAAAUAAUAAAAAUAAAACAUUAUAAAAUCAUUCUCACGACGUUUCGGCCACAACGCAAGCAGCCGUCCGUUGUGGCCGAAACGUCGUGAGAAUUAUUUUAUGUUUUAUUAUUUUAUUACUUCCCUUCUACGUGACUUUACCGAAAGAACCAAGAAGAUGAAUCCCUGCAGUCACGAAAGCUUUAAAUCGAAAUUGUUGUUGUUUGUUUGUUGUUUUGUUGUCAACAACAAAUAAUGAUUUUUUUCGGCAAUACAUUUACAGCACUCGUGCGUUGUAUACCCGAAUGAACCGCCCACGUUAAAUACGUUGCUGAUAAUCGUGGAUAAUAGGUACAGUGGGUUCGUGAAAGAUGUUGUCGAACAACAAUUAAACACGAGAGACUAUAGCAAUGCUGUAUUAUCACGGCAUAUUCGUGUGCCGGUUAUAGAUGGAUUUUUUUUUACAUCACAGGAUCGCGAGGUGGGAAACGCCUUAGGUGAGACCUUCAUCCAGCAGUGGAUCGAUGAUGGAUGAUGAUGAUGAUUAUUAUUAUGGCGAGCACCCCUUAGUACAAAGAGUCUCUUAUUUUAAGACCUACACGAAAACUGAGAACACAUUCCGCACUAUGUAGAAAACACAAUGUGUAAAAACACAAUGCGGAAAGCUACAUUAAAACGUGUACAACGCAUAAUACGAAUUUUAAUAAUAAACGCGUUAAUGUAUUGAAUAUUAAGGCAGUGUUUAUAUAAUAUACUUAAUUAAGCCGUGACUAUCACCAACUGCUUCCGGGUUUGGCUCGCCUCCUUUAAGGUUCCAGCAUGGAAGGGAAAGUAAAACGGAAUUUGAACUCAGUGAUUUGCUCGACUGGGCCAUGCUGCCAUGGUGACACAUCUGUCUGGAGAUAUUGACUACCUUGCCUGGUAUACAGGAGGUCGUGGGUUCGAUCCCGACCCUGACGAUGACUGCUGUAUAUUUGGAGUUUAUGAUGUCUCAUCAUCAUCAUCAUCACGGUGGCUAGGAGAUGUUAACUACCUCGCCUGGUAUACAAGAGGUCGUGAGUUCGAUCCCGACCCUGACGAUGCCUGCUGCUGUAUAUUUUGAGUUUGUGGUGUCUCAUCAUCACGGUGGCUAGGAGAUGUUGACUACCUCGCCUGGUACACAGGAGGUCGUGGGUUCGAUCCCGACCCUGACGAUGCCUGCUGUAUAUUUGGAGUUUGUGGUGUCUCAUCAUCAUCACGGUGGCUAGGAGAUGUUAACUACCUCGCCUGGUAUACAGGGGGUCGUGGGUUCGAUCUCGACCCUGACGAUGCCUGCUGUAUAUUUGGUGUUUGUGGUGUAACAAAUCAUCACGGUGGCUAGGAGAUGUUAACUACCUUGCCUGGUAUACAGGAGGUCGUGGGUUCGAUCCCGACCCUGACGAUGCCUGCUAUAUAUUUGGAGUUUGCGUGUAUCUACCCGUUGUCAUGUGGAUUUCUCAGGUUUUUCCCUCCGCAUUGAGAAACGUGCAUUUAGACUAUUCGGCUGCUAUACAUUUCUACAUGAUAAGCCACAUAAUUUGGCUAUCAUGUGUGGCCAGGUUGCUUAAGGAAAAUAGAGCUAUACUGUAUAUAGCUCAGUGGGCCAUGGUAAAAUAAAAAUAGUUUUUAGUUCAUAGUCUCCUCUAGCAACGUUUUGCAUUUCCCUAGCAAUACUUUGCAAAAGCGACGAGCAACGCAUCUGGCAAAACAGGACAUGCAGAUCGAGGAGCAGUUUGCAGGUCCAAGCUUCGUGACAAUGGCCAUCGUGGAGCGUCUCAACGCGACCCUGAGGCCGGGUGGCGGCAGCGGUGGCGGCGGCGACCUCUGGUCUAACAAGGGUCGACGUGCGAGCACUGGCACGGACAGUGGCAGUGCCAAUGAAAGCGCCGAACCGGACCUGGACCGGCUGCUGGCCGCCUCGGCCUCCCAGGUUCUCCGCUCGCGGUUGGAGUUCGUUCCGGCAGCUUCGAGCGGCGACGCGAGCUCCCGUCUGGCGGCGCUUAGACUCAAGUACAAACCGCUCGGACGCCGAGGGGAUGCCGCCAUCGCGCCGUCUGCUUCCUGGCCGGGCGUCAGCAGCACAAGCAUCCCACCGUCAGGCGGCAGUGGCAGAAGCACUGGUCCGGGCCCUCCCCAAGAUGGGAUCCCAGCCCCCCAGAAGGUGCUGUUUGCGGCGGAGAGGCUGGUGCUGACCUGGGAGCGGGUGCAACGGGUGGGCGCGGGCCUGCACAACCUGGGCAACACGUGCUUCCUGAACUCCACGCUCCAGUGCCUCGCCUAUACGCCCCCGCUUGCCAACUACCUGAUGUCGCGCGAGCACACGCGCGCCUGCACGCAGAGCGGGUUCUGCAUGCUGUGCAUCAUGCAGAAUCACCUGGUCAAGACUUUCUCCAACCCCGGCAGUGCCAUCAAGCCCCUCUCUGUGAUCAAUGACCUCAAGAGAAUCGCGCGACACUUCCGCUUCGGCAGCCAGGAGGACGCUCACGAGUUCCUGCGCUACACCGUGGACGCCAUGCAGAAAGCCUGCCUGAGCGGGCACACCAAGCUGGACAGGCAGAGCCAGGCCACCACACUGGUCCAUCAAAUCUUCGGCGGUUACUUAAGGUCAAGAGUGAAGUGUUCAGUCUGCAAAGGUGUCUCGGACACUUACGACCCGUACCUGGAUAUCGCCCUGGACAUUAAGCAUUCGAGUGACGUGGUCCGAGCCCUCGAGCAUUUUGUCCGGCCCGACUUGCUGUCCGGAGACAACGCGUACAUGUGCCACCGCUGCCACAAGAAAGUUCCGGCCUCCAAGAGGUUUUCCAUUCACCGCGCUUCCAGGGUCCUCACCAUCUCCAUGAAACGCUUCGCCAACUUCACCGGCGGGAAAAUCAGCAAGGACGUGGGCUACCCCGAGCGGCUCAACCUCCGGCCGUUCAUGUCGGUGCCAAACGGCGCUUCCCUCCACUACAGCCUCUACGCCGUGCUCGUGCACUCCGGCUACAGCUGCUACGCCGGGCACUACUACUGCUACGUCAAGGCGAGCAACGGGCAGUGGUACCAAAUGAACGACUCCCACGUGAGCCUGAGCAACAUCAAGGUGGUGCUCAACCAGCAGGCCUAUGUGCUCUUCUACAUCAGGGUCCAGGAUGCCAAGAAGCCUGGGGAUGGAGGGCUUGCCCCCCAGGGGAACGAGACCCCCGCGCGUGCCCUGGCGGCCGGGCAGCACGAUGGGGCCGGCGGCAAGGACGCACGAUCGGGCGGCGCCCCCCCACCGGGCUCGUCGCAGCGACCACCGCUGCUCCACAAGAAUUUCGACUCUGUUAUCGUGGCAAGACCGGACCAGCUUGGAGUUUCCGUGCAACGCGGCCCAAACACCGGGGCGUCCACCCCGUCCACCGCGCCGUUCGGCCCGCCCCGCUGCCAGCCGAGAGUGACGAAUGCUCCGGCGUUUAUCGACAUUUUCGCGAAGAAGCCCAAAGCGCCGCCGGACGCAGCCGAUACUCCGCGGCUCUCCGUUUCCGCGCCUCCUCCGGCAAAACCCCCAGCUCCGCCUGCCACGGCCAACGCCACCGCCGCCGACGUGCCGCCCAGAGAGAGGAUCGCGGUGGCGGUGUCGCCACGCCCCACGCCACCAGGCCUCGACGGGGCCGCGGAGGGCGGAGGGAGCGCGGGGAAAGCGUCGCGGGAGCCGCUACCCAAAGAGGCGCUGGUGGCCGACAAGCAAAAGCUGAAGACCCACGGCUCCGCCGAUAAAAAGUCUCCGGAGCCGAGCGGGAACGGCGCGGACAAGACGAUCGUCGGUGCCACCGAGCGACAAGGCGACGGCGACGGCGGCGUUGGCGGGGCCCUCGCGAGCGCGCAGAGCGAGGACCCGGUCGGGGCGUCCGAGGAACAAGCUGGCUGCAGUGCCCGACAAAGGGCCCACUCAGAGGCGGCGAGCGCGGGCGGUGAAAAGACGACCGCCAUGCAAUUGUCGCCCAGUCCGAUGAAGAUUGCGCACAAGCCCAGGCCUCUGCUCGGAAAGCUCUUCCUCGUGUCGCCGAAGGCCACUCUGCAGGUGGGCCGCCCGGCCUGGCGCGUGAACGGGGCCUCCGUGCCGCUAUCCCCGCCCCUCGUGGUGGCGACGCCGUCGUCGUUGCCGGUCGGAAAGUGGUCGGUCUCAAGCAGCCCCGUGCGCUCCCCCUCCAGGCCGUCGCCUCUCAGCCCUGGCUGGAACAUCACCCCCGCGUUCCCAUCCUUGUGCCGUUCCCCGCCCGGGAAAAUCAAAUCGGAUGCUCUGUCCAAACCCAACGGAACCGCGCACAGCGGAGGAGGAGGGGUGGCAACUCCCAAGUCAUCGUCGUUACCGCCGCCGCUGCUGUCGCCUCUCGUGGCGAAUGGAAGCCACGAGGCUGCGGCGCUCGGGAAAGCGAACGGCAAAAUUAAACACAACCAGCAACAGCAGCAGCAGCACAAGCAAGGCGACAGUUUAACCAAGAGGAAUGUCACCCCGGCGGAGACUUCGGCGACAUUGGCCGUGGCGACAGACGUCAGCACUGGCGGUGGUGACAACGAUCGCAGCAGUACCACGGCACCGAGGGAGAAGCCUUGGGGCGCAGGCGGGAGGUUGGAGGGCAUCGGGCAAGUUGAGAAGGCGGUGGCGGCCGAGGUGGUGGUGGAGGAGGAGGAGGAGGUCACGACCGAAUCCACUCCCAAGCCCGCCUCGGGCAAACGCAGGAAACGAAAGAAACGGAAGCGAAACCGCGACAAGGAGCGCGACGACGACCUCCAGCACCACCGCGGUGAAGAAGGUGGAGACGGAGGAGAGAGAAGCGGUGCGCCGCGCACGGAGACCGGGGAGACGGGAGACGACACGGCCGACAGAGCGAGAGGGAAGAAGAGGAAACGCGCGCCUGUCGAGUCCCGCCAAGACGCCUCCGUUGCUGCUGAUGAGGACUCGGAGCCGAAGAGCGGUGGGGAGGGGAAGAGACGACACAAAAAGAAGAGGCAGAGGAAGUCGAAGCGGGAAGCCGAGACUCCGGAAGGAUCCGCGCUGGCCGAGGAAGUCGUGACAACCUCCAACAACAACGACUCGGCGACCGAGUUCCAUAACCUGGAGGAGCGUUCUGCCACCGGCACCGCACCGCGUGACAAGACGAAGAGGCGCAAGAGAAAGCGCCACCAGGAGGAGCUCCUCGGGCCUGACACCACCGAGCGGACGAAGGCCGACUUCCCGGAGGCGGACGCCGGGCCCCCUAAAAUCAAAAAGAAGAAACGGCGGCACUCCGAAGAAGCGGGCGGCCGUGAGCGUGGGGCCGGCAAGGUGGAGGAGGUGGUGGAAGAGGAGGCCGAUGCAGGCCAGGAGGAGCAGCUGCCGGCACUGAUGAACGGGCAGGCCAGCGCGGCAGAGCGAGCACACGUGGCGCCGGUGCGGUGGGACAGACACGCUCGUGAUCGCCGCGGCCUGGCGGAACCCGAGAGGGCGAUCGCCCCGCGGAGGUCGGACGUGCUCGGGGAGCUCCUCCGCCGAUCGUCGGACCGCGCGUACGGCACCCCAGUGCUCUCGUGGGACGGGCAGCCGUCCCUGGUGAGUCGCGAUGCGCAGCGCGACGUCGCGAUGUGCAGACACGACCGCGUCACGGACGAGUGGGACGAGGACUUUGACCUGGGCAAGACGAAAAAGGUGAGGAAGAAGUCGCAGCAGUGGAGGCAGUCGCAGGGCAACCUCUUCCAGCAGACGCUCGACUCCAGGGGCCGAGGAGGCCACGCCGAGAGGUUUUGAGGCUGGCACGGACGGAGACCUCGCGGCACAGAAAAGCGUCUCUCUCUCUCCUUCUCUCCGAGACAACACGGACAGAGACAUAAACAUAUCCCGGAGAGCCCCCACACGGGCUGUCGGGGUCAAGUGCUGUUGGCGAGUACCUAUUAAGGACGGCACGGCGCGUGAGAAGGGGGUGGUGUUGCUGCAACCGCACCCGCCCGCCUUUGUCUGCCCAGUGCUCAACCUAGCGGAGGCCCAGGACCAGUUCGGAUGUUAUCCGUGGCCGGGAAUCAAACUUGGGCUGUCGCUGCAGCGGCGCCGCUCCUCCAUAGGCGGCGGCACAUGCACGCGCGCGCAUUGAGCGGGCGGAGAGACAAGCAAGUGGGUGUCCUCCCAGGCCACCCAGCGCGCCACCUUCGCCAGCUCUGCUCUAUGACGCUGCCUCGCAUCGUCGUCAACGCGGACACGCGUCGUCGGCGCCACCGCUGCGAGUCUGGACAAAGCCGCGUUGCGGGGGGCCGGAAGGGAAACCUUCGCCCAUCUGAGCCGUCGAUGGCCGCGUCGUGACGUCCUCAACCGGGCGGCCGAAUCGGCGUCACCUUUGCCGAGUUGUGCUGCCCGUUGUUGGUGGAGGAAGGAAGGAAGGGAGAGGCAUCGUCGGCACGGUUUCUGCCAAAAAUGCGACGCACCGAAAAAAAGGGGCGGGAGGGGGGCGGCGUUUUGAGAACGUGCGGAUUGACGCGUUCGCUCGCACAAGGUUCAUCGCGAUGGGGCUUUGUGGUGGGGGCUUCGUGGUGGGGGCUUCGUGAUGGGGGCUUCGUGGUGGGGGCCUCGCGACGCGGUUUGAGUGCCCACCAUCCCCCCCACCUCUCCCACCACUGCACGACGAUUGCUUUCAUCCGUGGCAGCCGUUAAGUGGCAAAUCUGUGGAGGCUGAUGAGGGAGGGGGGCGGUGCGGGGAAACUCGGCCGAUAUUUUCUUUAUUAAUAAGUGCGCUUUCCGCAUUUUUUUAUUUUCAUACAAUUUAUUUUAGGUAUUAUUUAGUCUAUAAGAACAAAGAAAGAAAAAAAACACGUAGCAGGAUGCCUGUGAAAUCCUCUAUACUUGAAAAAUAUAAGCUCGUGUAUUAAUAUAAGACGCGUUGCGGAGAAUUGCGGAGGGAAAUUAACCGUCGAUUUGAAAAUUUAAAUGUUGUGCAUUUUCACACUGACUGUUUUACUUCGAGGGUGCGGAGAGACACGGCAGCAGGUUUGGUGGUUUUAAAUCUGAAAACUCGUGGUAUUACCACUCGGUGCUUUAUUGGGACAGCUGUAAUAAGGGGGUAUGUCCCCCCCUCCCCUAGGCUUAACAGGAAUGACAGCUGAGCAUUGGAAUUAUUUAAAUGAAAUGUGAUGUCAUGAGACCCUUUGAAAUGUUGGGGGGCAUUUACACGGACCCAGUCGUGCGCAUCUUUCGGCCUAAUCGUAGGCAUGUAGUGAUUCUUCACCCCUACGUUAAUAUUAAUUUUAACGAUAUGGGGUUCCAGUUCAAUCCGGUAAGUCGGUUAUUUUUAUUCUUAUCAGUUAUUUUUAUCUCGUUUAUACGGUCUCAUUUGUAUUGUCCGUCUCGUGUGUUCUGUCCAGAUCUGCCUCAUUAGUUCCGUUCACACGAGUGUCACAUUUCCAUACAAUAAUUCGGCGCAUGAAUUUCUGAAAUAUUAGAUUCUUGCUUGCACAAUGCGAUGGAUGUUCGAUACGUAUCCAUUGCACAAUGUGAUGGAAUAAUCAUUGCCAUACUUGGCAGCAUGUUGACAAGUUUUGUGUUACGCUUGGGAUGGGGAACCUAUACACCCCAUGGUCCAGAUAUGGGCCCACAUCUUCACUUCAACAGUCCGUAACCUGACUUCACACGGCCCGUGACUCCCUCACGUCUUGGGCCGCACUAAUCGGAUAUGCUGGAGGAAAAUGUUUCCAACACCGUGUGUCUAUUAAAUACGAGCCCUCGUUAUCUUUUGCUUUAUUCAUCCGGGCGUUCACAAAAUAGGUUCAGACAAUGCCCUCCACAUAUCUCGUGCUCUCCACGUAAAAACAGUGCAAGCAUUCUUUUGCGCAAACCCAUCUUGCCCCCCACAGCCUUCCCGAAAGGCCGACGGGCGUCGUAAAAAAGUUUUUUUAUUUUUGUUACAUGCCGACGGAUGAGCAAAGAGGAGCCAUUGUCCGCUUAUCAUUUAUAUUCUUUACAGGCGCGACGUCUCGGUGGUUAUUCCGAGUCGAGGUGUGCGGCUGGUUGCCCUGGUCCUGUUUGGCCGAUUCCUCUGCAAGCGUCUGGUUUCCCCACUUGAGAUCCGCAGCGGCGGCGGCGGUCUGUGCCGUGCCUCCUCGGUGUCUCGCGCGGGGAGGCCGGCCGUAGGAGAUGGAUCCAUCUGCUCGCCAACGUCCUGUGUCGCACAGCGUGCCCGGUUGGCACCUCUAUUACUAUCAAAGCCUUACGGUGUACCGUCCAUCGCUAUUGAAGGACUCGAGCAUUGGGACCGUGUUGAUUGCUGGUCUGUAAAACAUUUUUAUAUGCAAUAUGGUUGUCUUAAGCAGCUGUUAACUAUGCAAAAUAUAUAUAUAUACACGUGCCAUAGUUAAUACGAUUUUCUGUACCAAGUGCACGUGAAGCCGUGUUCACAUUUCAAUGCAGGUGUUUGGGUUGUGCUUGCGGUUAAACCUUUUUUGUGUUCAUGAAAUAAACCUUGCAGAUGGCGCCCCCACCGUUGGGUGUUCCCAGAAUCGAGCAAGAGGAAGGCUCGCGGCAGAGGUCGCAAUCGAGUACCCGAUACCCGUACCCUACCCGAUA